CAAAUCGCAAAAGGCUGCAAGUAAAAAUUGUAAUUGAAGAAAAAAAAAAAAAAGUUGCAAAUUCAUCUUUACAUUUUCAAGGGCACUGGGUGGCAGAACUCAAUCGAACUCACAGAUUAGCUUGGUACGACAUGGCUUCGAGCUCUCUGCAACGAAUCACGGGCCAAGGGUACCGGGCUCUGCACACUGCAAUGCGUCCUCUUGCUAGACCUUUCUCAACGGACGCAUUGGUCGAAACCGAGAUCAAGUCCGGUGAGAUCGGCAUGGUCUCUGGGAUCCCUGAAGAACAUCUUCGCAGAAGGGUGGUAAUAUAUUCACCUGCUAGAACUGCGACUCAGCAAGGAUCUGGAAAAGUUGGAAGGUGGAAAAUCAAUUUUCUGUCAACACAAAAGUGGGAAAAUCCUUUGAUGGGUUGGACAUCAACGGGAGACCCUUAUGCCAAUGUUGGUGACUCUGCUCUCAGCUUUGACAGUGAAGAAGCUGCAAAGGCAUUUGCAGAGAAACACGGAUGGGAAUAUGUGGUGAAGAAGCAGCAGACACCAUUGUUGAAGGUGAAGGCGUAUGCAGAUAACUUCAAGUGGAAGGGCCCUCCCAAAGCUGAAUAGGGCUAAGUUUAUUGCUAUUCUUGUCUCCUGAUUCUGUCAUAAGAAGCAAGGUUAAGGCUUGCAGCCUUUUUUUUUUUCUUGUCUAGUUGCAAGUUUCUACAAGUCAAUACUCUGUAACAUCUUAUGGGAUGGUUUCUAAGUGAAUUCUUCUGAUAAUAAUAACGGACUGAGGGGUUGUACUCUUUUGCCUU